AUGGAGGAUCGUGAUGAUGGUAUCGGAUCGGAAAUACAUACUCCAAGAGAUGCUCAGAGUGCCGAGGAAUCACAUCGUAAUCCUGUUGUCCAAGAAAAUGAGGGUGUAAAUGGAAUUGGUAUUCUGAUAGCAUCGUAUCCGGCACUGUCGGUUUCUACAAACACUUCGACGCCAAUCAGACCACAAAAUCAGCAAAUUUCCCAUCACGUCCCAGGGAUAUCACCAAUUCGAACAGUUCCACAAGUAAAAUGUGGAGAUGGCGACGCGACAACUGUUUUAGACUGUUCGAAGGGUGAAACGAGUAAUGGACUUGUCGGUGAUAAGCAGUACACUAAAUUAGAUUUGGCUGUGAUGCUGCGCGACAAACAUUCGGAAUGUAUUGGGUUGGAGAGAGAGAAUGAACGGUUGUCACAAUUAAUCGAAAGGCUUACAAAUGAAAAUCAUCAUUUCCAAGACCAGGUUUCCGUCUCGAAGGACCAUGCUGCAACUUUGGCCAAAGAAAUGGAGAAACUGAAGGAAGUUGCGGAAGAAAAUGAAUCAAAGUUUGUGGAAUGCCAACAUCAAUUACGAAUAGCCGAGCAGAAAUUAGCACUUUUAGAAAAUAUUUCGAUUGAUGUAGAAGCAGAUAAGGUGCCUGAUGUAGAAAUACUGAGAAAGUUGCAGGAUGAAAAUACUGCAAUGCAAGCAAAAAUUUCAGAGCUUAAAUUUGAGCUGGAAAUAGGGAAGGAAGGAGAAAAAAAUGCUGAAAUCUGGAUGAAGAAAUAUAGUAUCGCUGAAAAUAACAUAGUACAAGUAUACGAGAUGAAGGAUGAUUUGGAAAAAAAAUUAGAAAAUAGACGAGCCGAAAUUAACAUCUUAAAUAAGGAAAAAAAAAGUUGCGAAGAGAAGUGCAACGAAUUCAAAAGAUUAUAUGACGAAAGUACUAGAAAAGUUGCUGAUUUGGAGAAACAAUUAUUUGUCACUGAGAAAAAGUUUGAGCAUUUACAAGAACAAGACUCGAAAAUCACGGAGUUGGAGCAGAAAUUGGAAAUAGAAAAGAAAAAAUGGGAGAAUGAACGCGAACAUUUACAGAAAGAAAAAUUGGGUCUCGAAAAACGGAUUGAGCAACUUGCACUUACCAAUUAUGCACUGUCAAAUGAAAAGCAGGCAUUACUUGAAGCUGAUAACAAAGGUCUAAAAGAAUUGGCUGCAUGGCAGGAGAAAAACGGGAAGCUUACUUUGCAGAACACUCAGCUUGCCGAUGAACUAAAAAAAUAUCGUGAUAUGGAUUUACGAUUAACAGAAUGCUUAGAUGAAUUAACGAAGAAGAAUUCAUUAAUCGAAGAACUGAAUGAACAAAUAACUAAAAGUAACAAUGAUUUGAAAAGAUUUCGCGAUGAAACUAUUUAUUUGAGGACACAAUUAAGUGAAAAAACAAAAACGAAAAGUGGAAUUGAGGAAAAUAGGGCUCUUGAAAAGAAAAAACUGUCUGAUCGUGAACAUCUGAAAGAAGCAGUUGUGGAAAAUGGCACGUUAAUGGAUCAAAUUGCUAGUGAAAAGCAGAAAAACAAUGAAUUUGCAUCAUUGCUUGAGAAGCGUGAAUUGGAACUCGACAACAUUCGAACUCUUAUGGAUAAGAAGCAGAAGCGGAUAGAAGAUUUGAUGGAAGAAAAAGCAGACCUGAAGCAUGAAAAUUCACGUUUGAAGACAAAAAUGGAUGAAGUCAAUUCAGAAUAUAAUAUUUUUCGGAAUCAAGCCGAAGUUCAGUACCAGUUAGAAACUGCACAGCUGAAUAAAAUAAUCGAGGAGAAGGAUGAACGUUUAGAACGUUUACAUGCACGAAUCGCUUUGUACGAAUCAUAUCCUGGACAGAACAGCGCUGUUUCUUCUUGUUUGGCCGAUGCAAAUAAUCGUACAGAUAUUACUGUGUGGGACAUGCUACCUGAUGUCAUACGUUCACAGUUAUGUGAACUGAAAGAAAAAUAUGGAGAUCUCAAUGCGCUUGUUUAUCGAAUGAUGUCAGAUCCAUCGGUAAAGCAAUAUGCCACUAUUACUAAGGUUAUGGAGAACAAAUCAACAGAUUGUUGUGGCUUAACUUCACUUCCGGAAUCAUCACAUUCAGAGUUAAUGAGCGGAAGCGACUCAUGCUUAACAUUAUGUGAAGCUAGAUCAAGCAUUGAAUCAUCAUCAGAAAGCGUAACCGAUACACUGCACCCGAAAGAAAUAAGUGGUGAAACAAAAGAUAUAUUACUUUUAAUGCUCGAUUCCAUUCGUAAUGCGGAGAUUCACGGCAAACUUAGUCCCAACAUACAACAAUUAUUAGAGCAUCUUCUUGCUGAUAUACAAGAAGGUGAUAAAUCAGUGCAACAAAUCAGUGGAGCGGUGAGUCGUUUUUUUGCGAAUUUGGAUUUAGCGCUGCGAAAAACACUGUCUGCAUCGGAUGACAACAGAGUUAAAUGUGAAAAACUGGAAAAAUUGUGUGUGGAGAUGACUUCUGAUCUCCGUAGUGCUCGAGAUGAGCUUCGCUCUGUCCUGAAUAAAUGCUCAGUAUAUGAAACAAAUAUUGAAAGCUUAAAAUUGCAGUCCAGAUGUGAAAGUCAGAAAUCUGCUGAAUUAUAUGAAAAUUUGAAGCGAACUCUUGAAGACAAUGACAAUUUAACCAAACAAAAAGAUGAUCUCACUGUUGCUCUGGGCAACAUAGAAGUAAUGUUAAAACGUAAGACGGAUCUGAAUUCACAAGCAGCUAACGUCAUCAAGUGUAUAAAAGGAGAGCUACAAGAAGCCAAGAAAUUUGAAGACCAGAUGAAUGAACGUUUGCGUGAACUAUAUAGAGAAAAAGAGAAAGUGAAACAAUUGUUGAGCGAACGGGAACUUGAUAUUGUCAAAUUGGAGUGUCGCCUUGUCGAAAAUACUAAUGAAUGUACAGUAAGAGCAUCUGAAUUGCAGCAUGCCGAAAGCAAAGUAGAUGAGUUGCGAAGACGGAAUGAAUAUUUAAAAAGGAAAUAUGAUAAGCGGGAAGGUUUCCUUGAAGAUAUGGAAGCGCUUCUUCGAGCUAUGAAGAUUCGUUGUGAAGGGCUGCAAGAAACUAAUCAACUACGGCAAAAUUUAAUUGAGAAGUUGAAAAAGCUUCUUGUGAAACUAGGCUGUAAUUUGGAAAACCCGCAUUUGAUCGCAAUUAAAAGGGCUAGUGCGUUUGAGAAUGGUGCAGUAAAGUUAGUGAAGAAAUCCAAGACACACAUGCGGCCAUCUUACCUGGAUCGAUUGAAAUUGGUAAAGAUUGCGCAGCGUCUCGAGAAGGAUACUGGCAAAAUAGAGGAAUUGGAGAAAUACCGAGGUAGUGAUAUUAUACACAUUCCAUCUUGGCGUAGUUUGAACACCAGUGUUUCAGUAUCAUCUGCCAGUAGUUGCGCUGAUAGAGUGCAGAACGUCGGUGUUACUACUAAUAGUACUAAUCAAACAACUCACGCCGUUUCUGAAAAUGGCUUUGGUAUACUGUAA